AACAACAGCAACAACAACUACAACAACAACUACAACAACAACAACAAUUACAACAACAAGAACUACAGCAACAACAACAACAACUACAGCAAUAGCAACAGCUACAACAACAACUACAACAACGUUAACUACAACAACAACUACAACAACAGCAACCAACAACAACAACAACAACAAUACAGCAGCAGCAACAACAACAACAACAACAACAGCAACAACAACAACAACAACAACAACAACAAGAACAACAACAACAACACAACACAACAACAACAACAACAACAACAACAACAACAACAACAACAACAACAGCAACAACAACAACAACAACAACAACAACAACAACAACAACAACAGCAACAACAACAACAACAACAACAACAACAACAACAACAACACAACAGCAACAACAACAAUCAACAACAACAACAACAACAGCAACAACAACAACAAGGUCAGAGCACUCAAACAAAAGAUCACUUUGACCGUGAUUUAAGGGAUUAG